AUUAAGUGUCAUUAUUUUAAACUCAAAAUAAAAAUCUGUAUUAAAUUUUAACAUAUUAAAUUUUCAUGUAAAUACAAGUGAUAAUAUUAGGCACCAUUCAACGUAGAUUUUAAUAGAUUCACAUUUAAAAUUACAAAUAAACACGGUUAAUUUUAUCAAAAAAAUUAUCUAAGUGGUUAUGUCGAAAGAAUUUUGGUUGAAAACCUCCAGCGAUGACGAGGUAUUUACUCCAUACUUAAUGACCAAUAAGCCGAUGAAUACUCUCGAGACUAAUACAACGAGUCCACACAAAGUUUUCAGAAACGAUACAACAUCAGUCGAAGUUAUUGUUAAACAAGUUAAGAAUAAAAAGAAAAUGGAACCAAGUAAACACAAAGUUGCUCUUGAAGAAAUCAAUGAUAGACUCUGCGAAGAUAUAGAAAAUCUAAAGAGAGAAUUAAAUAAAGCAAAUAAGAACUUGGAAAAUACGAAAAAAUGUUUUAGGCUAGUAAUGUUUGAGAUGGCAAAGCAAUUAGAAGCGGCAAAUCAGAGGGAGCUGAGAAGACAAACAAAGUAUCUAGUCCAGCAAUUAGAGAAAGAAAAAUUAAAGACAAUUUUGGAAUCUAAAACAAACUUAGUGAGGAAACUACGAAAAGAAUUGCUAAAUGUAAAACGUAUUACUAAGGUAGUUAUUAAAGGUAUACAAUGUGUUCCUCUUCCCGAAACAGCUGUGCAGCACUCGGAUUUAGAGUACACUGAAUUUGAAAACGAUUUAAAAACGCCAAAAACAUCAAUUGCUGAUAAUAAUAUUAUGUGUGGUGGUCAUGAAGACACAUGCGAAACUACGUUGUCUUAUAAAUUUUAACUAUUGAUUUAUUUAUCCUUAGGUUCUCCUUAUUAUAUUUUACU